UGCCAUGCCGCAUAAUUUUUUUCAUUAGUUAUUAAGUUCAUUGUUUAUUUAUAUGCCCAACUUAUUAUUAAGUUUUUAAGGAGAAACGCCCAGUUUUACAUAUAAUAAAAUUACUAUGGUAAAUAUUUUAAUAAAUUAACUGAUUUGUGGGCAACGUGACAACUCCGACCAAGCCUAACCUCUCCAAAACUCACAAAGUAAACAACACAACAAACAACUUGUCAAAAAUCUUCAAAAUUCUCCUGCAAUUUUCCAAAUGUGCAUUAUUUUAAUAAAAAUUUAUUAUGAAAUCAUCCCACAUAGUCGUCAAUGGCCUCCUAACAGUUUCUGUGGCAUUGGUGGCGAUUUUAGGGGAUCAUUUAACCAACGUAGCCCCGGUGGCCACCAUCAAAGCUUUGGCUGACAAUUUAACCCAUUUGGUCAUUGGGGCCCUCUGUUGGAGCAUAUUCUGCGUAUAUUCUAAACAUACGAUUAACAUAUCUCAGUGGAACGUUUUGGAGAUCAUUAGUUGUGCUGUGUUGUCUUCGGCUAUUGAUGUCGACCACUUUGUUGCUGCCAAAUCAAUAUUUUUAAAGGAUGCAACUAAAUUAAAAACCCGUCCUUUACUGCACUGCUCGAGCAUCCCAGUGGUUUUAUUUCUAACUCUUGUGCUGUUCAGUUAUAUGCUUCAUAAUCCUUUGAUUAAAAAGUGGGGUUUAAUAGUAUUGACUGCGUUUAGUACGCAUCAUAUCAGGGAUGGGACAAGGCGAGGGCUGUGGUUUUACCCUAUCGGCAAUACACCCCCUUUACCAUAUUAUUUGUAUAUCGGACUCAGUUGUUUUAUUCCUUAUUUUAUGGUGAUUUUAGAUGGUAUGAUUAGGAAUGAGACUGAAAGAGAGCGAGACUGGUAUUCUUAUGUUGUAUAGAAAUUGUUUUAGUUAUUAAAAGAAUAUUUUUAAAAACAGA